AGCCCCGCCCUAGAGUCUGCCAGCGAGAGCAGACCUGCGUUCUUUAUCAGGUGGAGAUUCUCCUGGGAGUCGGCCACUGCAGCCUCGGUCAGCCUCGGAAACACUUUCUUCUGCUGGAGCUCGCCCACCAACCAGAACCAAGAUGCCCAAAACAAUCAACGUACGCGUCACCACGAUGGACGCAGAGCUGGAGUUCUCCUUCCACCCCAACACCACAGGGAAGCAGCUCUUUGACCAGGUUGCCAGGACCAUCGGACUGCGUGAGAUUUGGUACUUUGGGCUGCAGUUUACCGACGCCAAAGGAUUCCUCACCUGGCUGAACUCUGAAAAAAAGGUGAUGUCCCAGGAUGUGAAGAAGGAGACUCCCCUGCAGUUCAAGCUGAGGGCUAAGUUUUACCCGGAGGAUGUGGCCGAGGAGCUGAUCCAGGACGUCACCCGGAGGCUCUUCUACCUUCAGGUGAAGGAGGACGUUCUGGCGGAGGACAUCUACUGCCCUCCAGAGACCGCUGUGCUGCUGGCCUCUUAUGCUGUCCAGGCCAAGUACGGAGAGCAGGACAAGUCAGAGCAUCAACCAGGUUACCUGUCCUCCGAGCGCCUGCUGCCCAAGAGAGUGCUGGAACAACACAAGCUGUCCAAGGAGCAGUGGGAGCAGAGGAUCCAGGUCUGGCACGAGGAGCACAGAUCACUGCUGAAGGAAGAGGCGAUGAUUGAGUACCUGAAGAUCGCUCAGGACCUGGAAAUGUACGGCGUCAACUACUUUGAGAUCAAGAACAAGAAGGGCUCGGACCUGUGGCUGGGAGUCGACGCUCUGGGACUGAACAUCUAUGAGAAGGAGGACCGGCUGUCUCCAAAGAUUGGAUUCCCCUGGAGUGAAAUUAGGAACAUUUCUUUCAGCGAUAAGAAAUUUGUCAUCAAGCCUAUAGAUAAGAAAGCUCCUGAUUUCAUCUUCUACGCUCCACGACUGCGAGUCAACAAGCGCAUCCUGCAGCUGUGCAUGGGCAACCAUGACCUGUACAUGCGCCGCCGCAAGACAGACACCAUCGAGGUUCAGCAGAUGAAGGCUCAGGCCAAAGAGGAGAGGUUGCAGAAAAAGAUGGAGAGGGAUCAGCUGGAGCGUGAGAAGAAGAAGAGGGAGAACAUGGAGAGAGAGAAGGAGCAGAUGGAGAGAGAAAAGCAAGAUUUAAUGAUGAAGCUCCACCAGUUUGAAGAGACAACCAAGCGAGCAGAGAGAGAGCUUCAGGAGCAGCUGGACAGGGCCAUGAGGCUGGAGGAGGAGAGGAGGAGGGUGGAGCAGGAGGCGGCCCGGCUGGAGGCUGAGAGGAUGGAGGCCAUAAUAGCCAAGGAGGAGCUGGCCAGGCAAGCUGAGGACCAGAUGAAGAGCCAGGAGCAUCUGGCCGCAGAGUUGGCCGAGUACAGCGCCAGGAUCACUCUGCUGGAGGAGGCCAAGAAGGAAAAGGAGGAAGAGGCUGAGUCAUGGCACAGCAAGGCUAUAGAAGUGGAGGAAAAUCUGAUUAAGACGAAGGAGGAGCUGCACACUGUGAUGAGCUCUUCUAACUCAACUCCUCUUAAGAUUGCUGCUUCCUCCUCCUCCUCCUCCUCUUCCUCCUCGGACAACGAGAGCGACCACGAGCACAGCGAGGAGAACAGCACCUACAGCGCCGAGCUGCAGACGCAGGGCCUCGCCGACCACCGCCAGGAGGAGGAGCGACUCACAGAGGCCGAGAAGAACGAGCGCCUGCAGAAACAGCUGAAGGACCUGAGCUCAGAGCUGGCAGAAGCACGAGACGACACCAAGAAGACCCAGAACGAUUUGCUCCACGCAGAGAACGUCCGAGCCGGCCGCGACAAGUACAAGACCCUGCGUCAGAUCCGUCAGGGACAAACCAAGCAGAGGAUCGAUGAGUUUGAGGCCUUGUAGAAAACCUCAGAGACCUGAAGAUCUCUCCCAAAUACCUCAUGAAGGCCAUCAGUCCAGCAAUGCCUUGUAAUUAAAGUGUGAUGUAAUGGCAGCCCCACACCUGAUUUUUUUAAAGACCCAGAAAAGCAUGAAGCUGAUCUGUGUAAGAGUACAUGAGUUUUAUUUCAUCCGACCUAACUUUUGCUUGAGAAGCACUUUUUUUUGUUUAGUUGUUUUUGUAGCUCUCAAACACCUCCAAUGUGCUGUUUAGUCCCAUUAAAACAUAGCAGAGAGCUAGUGUGUUCCUGAUGCGCUGUAUGAACAAAAUUACUUAUGAUAAAUGAUCAAAAAAGUUA